CCGUUUUUCCCCAAACGUGGGAGACUGUGGAGAGAGUGAGUGUGUGUGUGUGUGUGUGUGUGUGUGUGUGUGAGGAGAGAAGGACAAGGAGCACUUCAGACCGAAGGAGAGCUGCUGAUACUACUACACAAGGAUCCAUCAAAAUGGCAUUCCUGCUGAUGUUUGUGACCGUUCUGCAUUUAGUCACCCUGGCCAUGCUUUUCAUUGCCACCAUGGAGAAGUCCUGGUGGUCUUGGGGAGAGAUAGAGAACACAGAUCUCUGGUAUAAGUGCACCUAUGAAAAUGCCACAGAAACUUGGUUAUGUGCUUCUGCCAAAGACAGCGAAUGGCUGCAGUCGGUCCAGGCCCUCAUGAUCUUGUCUGUGGUGCUCUCUUCAAUCUCCUUCAUGGUGUUCCUCGGACAGCUCUUCACCAUGUCCAAAGGAGGUCUUUUCUACUUCACUGGCCUGUGCCAACUAUUUGCAGGUUUUGCAGCAUUUGCGGCUGUCCUUAUCUACACCUUUCAAAGGAGUGCGAUUCUUCAAGACUCUCGUGAACUUGAAAAGGGUCAUUUCGGCUACUGUUACAUUCUGGCAUGGGUGUGUGUGCCCCUUUUACUCAUCAGUGGCGUUCUCUAUGUGCAUCUGCGCAAGCGGGCCUGAUUUUCUGACAUGUACUUUGGUAGUUUAUAGCCUGCUAUGAGAUUAUACAGUAUUUGCUUAUGGCUGUUUAUGAUAUUGCUCAGUGUUAUUUAUUGUUAUUAUAACAUUCGUCUUUAGGACCAAAAUCUCGAAAACCUGCUUUGCUGCUUUUUUUGCAACAAAACUUGCUGUAUUUUGCCGUAGUGGGGAAACCGCUGCUAUAAGUUUUAUGCUGGUGGUCAAGUGGGAUUUUGAUGCAAAUUUCUUUUUUAAAAGAAAACGAAAACGUGCUUGAAAAUUACCCACAGGAUAUCCAAAGGCGUGCAUCUGAAGAGAUCUGGAGAAACGUAGCAUCAUAUCACCUGCUCAACAAUGCAGUGAAUGGGUGCCGUCAGAAUUAGAGUCCAAACAUCUGAUAAAACAAUAAUCCUCAAAAGUGUGUGUUUUUAAUAAAUAAAUCAUCAAGUUGCUAAAAGGCCUGGCUAAAAUACAACACCUCUAUCCAUAUUUCUUCCUCCAAUCUUCUUGUCUGAAUCAUUAGAGAAAUAUGCACUGUUUACAAGGCAAGCCAAAACGGUCCAAAAUAGUUCUAAAUAAAAUGUAUCAGUAGAUUUUGAUGUGAGAGUACAACAGCAGAAGGACUUUUUCACCGGAGGAGGCAUUAUUAUGAAUUAUAAUAUUUUGAACCAUAUCAGAACUAAGAGUUUUAAAUGAAAAUGCCUCAAAAAUUGAUAUGCAUCACUGUACUUUACAAGAUGUUAAUGGAUGGACUAGAUUAUUGUGAUGUUUUUAUCAGCUGUUUGAGCUCUCAUUCUGACGGCACCCAUUCACUGUGAAGGAUCCAUUGUGAACGAGUGAUGCAAUGCAGCCUCUCUCCAAAUCUGUUCUGCUGAAGAAACAUAUCUUCAGCCAAUUUUCAUUGUUGGGUGAUCUGUUAUUUUAAAUAAUGACUUAAGAAAACUGGAGUGUAAAAAACACAAAAGUGUCUUUCAAAUCAAGAUGUCAGAUCUAACUGGAAGCAUUAAACCUGUUCUUUUUUCCUGUGCUAAAUAUGUGCUCACGUGCAUUUGCAUUAUUAUGUUUUUUUAUGUAUGUAAACUCUAUAAAUAAAAUAUUUUUUACCAAUGA